AUGGAACAGGAGAUGCCGGAGGAGAAAGAUUGGAGGCAGUUGGAACCAAACUAUGGCGUUAAAAUCCUGCUGACCAUCUUGUAUAGUCUCAUUCUGGUAACUGGUAUCGUGGGCAACUCCGCCACCAUCCGGGCCACGCAGGUCCUCAGGCGUAACGGCUACCUUCAGCGUAAUGUGACGGACCACAUGGUGAGCCUGGCAUGUUCGGACCUUCUGGUUUUGCUGGUGGGGAUGCCUGUGGAACUCUACAGUGCCAUCUGGUUUCCAUUCACCUCAGCGUCCGGGGGCGACGCAGCCUGCAAGGUUUACAACUUCAUCUUCGAGGCGUGCAGCUAUGCCACAAUUCUUAACGUAGCCACACUCAGCUUCGAGCGCUAUGUGGCCAUAUGCCACCCUUUCCGAUUCAGAAGUUUAAGCGGCCGGCGCACAUCAGGAUUGGUUGCCUUGGCCUGGCUAGUUUCAGUUCUGGUGGCACUGCCACUACUGGUAGCUACUGGGACGCAGGGCCACAUACCCGUCUUGGCGGACGAGCCGGUCCAGAAUCUAACCUUUUGCACGAAUCUGAGGGAGCGCUGGCUGAUGUAUCGAGUCAGCAUCUUUUUGGCCUUCUUGGUCUACCUGCUGGUUUUGGCUGGCGUGGCUUUCAUGUGUCGGGCCAUGAUCCUGGUCCUAAGGAAGUCUGGGGGAUCUUCAGGGAGAGCCGGCGAAAGAAAUCACAAAACAGUCAAGCACGAAAGUACAAAGAUGAAGAUGGCCAGGAAGCAGACAAUCAUUUUCUUAGGCCUCAUCGUGGGCUCCUUGUUCGUGUGUUGGUUCCCCAAUCAGAUCCGCCGUCUCAUGAUGGCCGGCGCACCCAAGUCCCGCUGGACCACGGCGUAUUUCCGCAGCUACGUCACCCUCCACCCGGUGGCCGACACCUUCUUUUACCUCAGCUCGGCCCUUAACCCCUUCCUGUACAACGUGUCUUCCCGCCAGUUCCGCCAGGUUUUCAUCCAAGUGCUGCGCUGUCGCCUUGCCGUCCAGCACGUCAACAAGCGAACCGUGCCGAGUUCCCGCGAUCAAUCUGCUCGUUCUCUGCAGCCCCUGCUGUUCAAAUCCCUGCGGCGAAGUAAGGGUGUCGAUUUCGGCGUGGCCGAAGAGGCAAAAUCCCAAAAGCAAAGUGACGCAGAAGUUAAUGCAGGACCUACAAAGGAAGCGUUAGACCCGACAACUCAGACGGAUGUACAAUCAGGAAUGGAGCCAUAA